AUGGCUUCUGCGUUGGAUCGUUUCCAAGAGCUCAAGGCCUUCGACGACACCAAGUCCGGUGUCAAGGGCCUCGUCGACGCAGGCAUCAGUACUGUACCGGCCAUCUUCCACCACCCACCGGGAUCCCUCGCACAUAACAAUACUCAUGACCACCACUUCGGCAUCCCGGUAAUCGACCUCGCUGGCGCGUGGAUACCGUCCCGACGUGCCAAGCUGGUCAGUGAGGUGAAGUCGGCCGCGGAGACAGUCGGCUUCUUCCAGGCGGUGAACCAUGGCAUGCCGGAGGCGGCCAUGUCGCAGAUGCUCGCGGCAGUGCGGAGCUUCCACGAGGAGCCAGUGGAGGCGAAGCGCCUAUACUACACGCGGGACGCCGACAGGCGUGUGAGGUACCAGACUAACUUCGAUCUGUUCCAGUCGCCGGCGGCUAACUGGCGCGACACCCUCUACUUUGAGAUGGAGCCGAAUGGGCCGACGCUAGAGGAGAUCCCGCCGGCGUGCAGAGGCGUGGUGACGGAUUACACGAAGUCAGUGCGGACGCUGGGCGACACGGUGCUGGAGCUGCUAUCGGAGGCUCUGGGCCUCCACCGUGGGUACCUCGAGCAUGCCACCGGGGGCCUAGAGGGGCUGAAGAUCACGGCCCACUACUACCCGGCGUGUCCAGAGCCGCAUCUCACCAUGGGAACCACCAGACACUCUGACCCGAGCUUUUUCACAGUGCUACUCCAGGAUGGCAUCGGCGGCCUCCAGGUAAUCGUCGAGGACGAAAAGCUGCAGCCGAUAUGGGUGGACGUGCCGUUCGUGGCCGGCGCACUCAUCGUCAAUAUCGGCGACUUCCUGCAGCUGAUAUCCAACGACAGGUUCAAGAGCGUGGAGCACCGUGUGGUGUCCAAGAGCGUUGGACCUCGGGUGUCGGUGGCAUGUUUCUUCCAGUCGCAUGGCGCAGCGGUGUACAGCCCGAUCAUACCGGAGGGUGACCCGAGCCCUCAGCUGUACAGAAGCACUACGGUGGAGGAGAUGCUCCAACACUUUAGGGAGAAGGGCCUCGAUGGCAGCUCCACCCUCCAACAUUUUAGGGUUUAAUCAGCCCUAUCUCUAGCCCCCUAGUACUUGUGAUCCAAAUUGGCGUUUGGAUUUGUAUGCAUAUGUGCAUCUUUAUCGUUUCUUGACCACAUGAAAUGGAAUUAGCAGACACUCAUUAAUGUAAACUCGCAUACUACUCAAAUUUAGUGUGCAUAAAUUGCACUUGUAAUCACACAUACUAGAUGAUGCCCCGCGCAUUGUUGUGAAAAAAAUAUUUAAGAUAGUGUAAAACAAAAGGUUCAGUCGAACCUUUCGAUAUA